GGACAUAGUAGCCGCCAGACUGCCGCGACGACGGAAACGGACCCUCCAGGUCCUCCGGGCAUCCCGACCACGAGGAAGGUUGUCGCAUACCAGCCGCAGCGACGACAACCAGCACCGCCGACAGACCUCCCAGUUACGGAGAAACCACUGGACGCAGGGAUCACCUUUCUCCCUUGGCAGCUGACGCUGCUGGAGGGCAGCCCGGAGAAAGCUCCCAGUGAUCCUCGGAGGCGACGAGUGUCCACCAGGUCUACUGCCACGCAGACCGACGAGCAACCUCUGCCGCAGCCAGUGACAACCGCAUCGGUGGCAAGCCAGGCCGGCCGGCCAUUGAGAUCUCCGCCGCGGCCAUCUCCGCCGCCUGAGCCGAUCAGCCCUCUGCCCAGGACGCCGAGGAAGCGCCCCCGAACACCGGGGCGCCUGCGCAAGGCCAGCAAGGCCAAGCGCCUACAACUGAGGGAACUCUUUGGGUCCGACUCAUCUGAAGAGUAA